UGCUAGAAUUUCGUUAGAUUUCCCUAUUUUCUGUGAGAGAAGACGGGAGGCAACACGUGUCAAUUAAGUACUGAGUUAAAAAAAAAAAAAGAGUACGUGUCGUGUACAUAAACCUCAAUUGUGAUACCAUUAGUUCAAAUUCUUCUUAAAAAUACUUUAUUAUAUCACUUUGGAUCCUACUCUUCUACAUUUUUUGGCCCCAUAUUCUGGUAAAAUAGUUAAAAGAACGUUAAGUAAGGAGUGGUAGGUAAAAAUAUUUAUAAAGACGAGCGUGUUAAACAAAUAUUAACAAGUUUUAGAGGCAAAAUAUGUAUUAAGCCUAAAAAUGAAAUUACAGUUAAAAAAAAAAUGCGGACCGGGUCGAACUCCGAUUGUUUCCAUAAGCAUUUAUAGAAAUUAUAUGUAAGAGUAUAAUUUAAUCACAAGGUACAACCAACACCAACGUUACACUAGUCAUAAUAUCGUUGUUUGUUUUUCCAAUUUCUGGAAAUCAAUCAUGUUGCUUACUCGAACCAAAUCAAAAAUUUGGAUUGACAAUAACAAUUCCCCCAAUUUCUCUUGUUCCUCCUUCAAAGAUAUUAAUACCCUUUUCUCCGAAGAUAAUUCUAAGUACAAUUCUCCUUCUUCUUCUUCCUCCACCAACAAAAAGCCCAACAUAUUCCACCGUGUCCUCCGCGUUAACGCCGUUCUCCGUGCUUUUUCAACCCGACCCGAACCCGAAUCAUCCCCCAGUAGAUCAGAGCCGUUGAUUCAAAUCCCGAGAGCGGAGAAAAAAAUUGUGAUCUACUUCACAAGCUUAAGAGUAAUCCGUUCGACCUUCGACAGUUGCAAAGCCGUUCGAUCAAUUUUGUCUAGUUUCCGUGUUGCGAUCGACGAACGAGAUGUGUCGAUGGACGCUGGGUUCAUGGAAGAGCUGAAAACGAUAUUGGGUAAACGUGAAAAGACGAAAUUGACCUUGCCUAGAGUUUUCAUUGGCGGGAGGUAUAUUGGUGGUGCGGAUGAGGUUAUUCAGCUGCAUGAAGCUGGCGAGCUGAAGAAGUACGUUGAAGGGUUGGCUCCGGCGGAGUUAAGCACGUGUGAAGUGUGCGGUGGAGAUAGAUUUGUUCUAUGUGAUGAUUGCAGUGGUAGCAAAAAGUACUAUAGUGAGAAAAGUGGAUUCAGAACUUGUACGGCUUGUAAUGAGAAUGGCUUGAUCAGGUGCCCUUCUUGUUACCAUGCAAUAAUCUGAAUGCAAUUGUUAACACUACUUUCGUUAGAUUAGUGAACGGGAGCCUUGGCAUAACUGGUAAAGUUGUCCUCAUGUGAUGAGGAGAUCACGACGACCCUUGUGGUCGGCCUUUCCCGAACAGCCCCUUAGUUUGUUAGAUUAAUAUCCUAUAAGUAGGCUAGUCAGAAAGUAUUAGCUGGAAAUGGAGGUGAAAAUUUUAGUACUUCAUUUUCUUUAUUAAUUUUCCAUUGGCAGUUUUUCGUUAUUACACUUCAUUUCGUCCCCUUUGAUGGAGGGAGGGGAAGGAUUGGCACAUUUUGAUGUGCUUAUAAACGAAGCGAAAUGCUUAUAUUUAGUUGAUUUUCUUUCUGGUGUUUGCUUUUUGACGUAGUUCUGUAAAUUGCUGAUUGAGAAGUUAAUAUUACUAUGUAGGAUAGAUAAUACAUGCUAAUUAUGUAUGAAUUGUGAUGUUGCACUUGGGAAAUUUCGUAGAUUUGAUUCCACUUUUUAUA